AUGGCCCAGAAGCAAAGAGCGAACCAGGCCAUCACCCUCAAGGGGUCCACUGCCAUCGUCACAGAAUUCUUCAACUAUAGCAUCAACAGCAUUCUUUACCAGCGAGGCGUCUAUCCUUCCGACGAGUUCAAGAUCGUCAAGAAGUACGGUCUCCCGAUGCUCAUGUUGACAAACGAAGAAGUCCAGGAGUACAUCUCGACUAUCCUUACCCAAGUUCAUGAAUGGAUCCUUACAUCUUCCAUUACCCGCCUAGUCCUCGCCAUCAAAUCAGCCGACACAGGUGAGACCGCGGAGCGCUGGCAAUUCGACCUCUAUACCGACGAGUCGGCCCUCGACCCUUUACCCGGCGGCCCGAAAGCAACUGCCAAGGGAGAGAAGAAGAAGGACAAGACCGAAAAGGAGGUGCAAGGGGAAAUCAGGGAGAUCAUCAAGCAAAUUACUUCGACUGUCACGUUCCUGCCCAUGCCGGAAGGCGAGUACACAUUCAACAUUCUGGCCUACCACGAUGGGUCAUCUGAAGCCAUUCCGGCUACCUGGGAUGACGCCGACCCGCAUCUUAUCGACCAAGGCAAGGUCGAGCAAGUUAGACUGAGGAGUUUCAGCACCAAUGUCCACAACCUUGAGGCGUUGGUGUCCUAUCGGAUGGACUAG